UGCAUAUACUCACCCAAUUGUCCACCAAUAUGUUGACCUUUUCACAGGGCUGGAGGUGAAUCCAGUCGCUAGUUUGUUUAUCGAACGCUUCCACUCGUCUCUGCCUGUUUUCACUUGCUUGCGCAUGAAGUUGGAAUCUAGGCGAGUUUUAAGUAAAUAAGUAUGUAUGUAUGUACAAUACUGACGGAUGUUCCUCUCACUACCUGCACCUGUUCCCGCAUGUCUGUGCUUGUCCUUGUGUGUCCCGCUUGUCUGCUCUUUGCUCUGUUGGUUUUUCACUUGUGUGUCCCCGGUGCAGGUGUGAUUUUCGCGUUUAUAACUCUAACAGCUCGUUUUGUCUUUGCCAGCACUCAUUCUCGCUCGUUUGGGCACGUCCGCUCAUGCCGCCGCUUGUCUGCGCCCGUUUCCAUGCAUCCCCGUUCAUGUGUGCAAUGCUUGCGCUUGUUGUACUCGUCUAGGAAGCGCGAGAGGCUGACAAUACCCAACCUGAGGGAAUGAAUGUCUCCACUCCUGAAUUCGCAAGGGGCCGAGGGAAUGACACUAGCUGAGGGGACAGAGAGAGUCGUGGAGUUGUGCUUCUUCAUCUUCCGAGGCAGGUAUGCCUUCUCAUGGUUCAUGUUGCCUUGAAUGACCGUGAUGUCGAAGGAUG